ACUUAGUACAUAUAUGUAUAAAGUGAUAAAUUGGUCUAAUGGUAAUUGAACAUUAUUGCUCCUUACAGCAAACAAAAAUUAUUUUUAGUUACAAUUCCCUAGUUGCUCGACAUCGUUAUAAAUUACCUACCUACUGUCAUUUGCUACGAGGUCAUAGUACUAUUUUAGUCUUGCAGAUGGAAUACUAAUAUAAGUUCCGAGCUUUUGUAUUCAUCCCGGAAGAUUAACAAAUCAGUUUUAUUAAUUAAUUAGCUAUCAAUGUUAAAGUGUUUGUUAUUAUAAUAAUAUAUGUAUGCGAGUUUUUUUUUUGUGAACGUAUGUGAUGAAGUAAUAAAAUAAUGCAUAUUAAAGUUGUCUGGACUUGUUUACUUUUGUUUUUGUCAUCAGUGUCUUCUAAUCCAGUGUCAGGACAUAUCAGUGAUUGUGGAGAACAUGGUGACUGCAUUUCUAGCCCUGACGAAUGUAAUAAAAAGUGUGGAUGCGACGUAUAUUCAGCCGUGCUGUACUAUAAUGAAACUACUAAAGAAUGUGAUAUAAAUGUUAAAUUACUUUUGGAAACAUUAACUGAAAAAUAUAAUACGCAAGAAAGUGUAAUUUCGGAGGCAAAUAGAGUAUUUAAUCACAUUAUAUUAUCAGUCAUUAUAUUUGCAGCAUGUGCUGGAAUAUGUGUUUGCUCGGCGUGUUUUUAUUGCUGUCACAUAAAUUAUAUGGAUAAUCGUUUGAAAAAGGAUGUUGAUGCAUUGGCGGCUAAAUUAAAAAGGGAGAACCGUUAUAAAAAAAUGCCACAUAGGCCGGCACCACCCCAAUCAGGAGAAAGCUGCAAUAUAAUCGUUGAUAACGCAGGAGUGUAUUGUGUUUAAUAAAUAAAUGUUAUUUAGAUUUGAUUUGUUAUACAUACAUUUUCUAAACAUGUAA